CAGAGAGGCCUAUAACAGAGCAUGCUGAAGACUGGGAAGGCUCUUUCGAUUUGCUUUUUCAGCGGAGUCCGGUCCGGAUAGAUUGGGCGUGGUUAUUGCGGAAAGAAACCAGUACAUCUUUCGACGCGAUCGUUCACAGAUCAUAACUUGACUUUCUCGGAUCGAGAUGACUUGCCCUUCUGUGUUCUGAUACAUUUUACUGCCAGUUUUUCGGAAUUUAAUCAAAUUGCCAUUUCACUGCUGAAAAAUGGGACAGAAGGUCUCGCAAAGCCCGACAGAAGUUGCUGACAAACUAUUCGAUCAAUUCGUUGCUGCUAAAGAAUAUGAAGGACUUGAAGGCGUUGAUUUCGGAUAUGAGAAUUUGGUGUUUGAGGGAGGAGGUAACAAGGGUAUUGGAUAUGUGGGUAUGAUAAAGGUUCUGGAUGACCUAGGCUUACUGAAGAAUAUCAAGCGAUUCGCCGGGGCGAGUAUGGGAGCUGUCAUCGCCACUUCAUUAGCCCUGGGGGCAAACAGUAGACAAAUAUUUGAAAACUUCGUAAUCGAUUUAUCAAAGAUAACAAGUGAUGGCUAUGCGAUAGAUAUAUUUCGGAGUAUUUUAAAGAAAUAUGGAUGGCACCCCGGUAAGAAACUACUGAAGCACUUCAGGGAAGAAUGCAGAAAGUACACGGGCAACCCCGACAUCACAUUCCAACAACUCUAUGACCUAAGAGGCGUCGAACUCUGCCUCACUGUGUCCAACCUGAGUAGCUGUUGUGUUGAAUACUUCCAUCCAAAGACCACUCCAGAUGUUUCCAUUGCCCUGGCUUUGAGGAUGUCUCUUUCUAUACCUGUUUUAUUCCGACCAAUGCAAAUGGCUAUCAACCAAUCCAAUCCGUGUUACAUGGUGGACGGAGGGCUUAUGAACAACUACCCAAUCACCGCAUAUGAUGGUUGGUUUCUUGAUAUGGAGCCUAACCAUUCCUUCUUCCAUAUGAUUGAUUCACCGGAGGAUUACUUUGGGAAGCUCAAUAAUAAGACACUAGGCGCAGUCGUGUACGAUGCCUUUGAGAGCGAGUUAAACGAGGAAAUAUACUUCAGUAGAGAAGAAUAUGAAAAACCGAUGCGGCCCAACACCAAGCUCGCCAGGGAAAAAUGUGUAGAAGUAGACAAGCUUUUGGAUGACAAGGUGCAGCGGGCCCAGCUCGUCAGGGCGUCAAAGAAGUUCCUCAGUAUUCUAUCGGCAAGUGACCUUGACCGUAGUGGUAGCAUCUCCCUUGAGGAAUUCAUCCACGCAAUGAAGUCGUGUCCCAAAGACGUGCUUGAAAUCCUCUUCCUUCGUGAUCACGUGUGUGAAGAUCUCUUUAGAGAGAUUGAUGUCGACAAAAAUGGAGAGAUAACAUACAACGAGUUCAUAAACUAUGUGCAGCAGAAGGGUUUACCGUUACGCCAUCACAUGACCGCAACGAAUCAACGAAACAUUAACAAAUUCACGGAUUUUCUAGCGGCCAUUUUUGAGUCACGUGACUUGAUGAUUCGGCAGUUGCAGGCCAAAGCGGAGGAUGUUGAGAGGACCAUCGGGAUCUACACAGAUUAUAUUGGUGUGACAGACUUCAAGUUGGAGGAUGAAGAUAAAGUUUUUGGUGCCAGGCAAGGUUGGAAGGCUACCGUAGCAUUUCUCAAAGAGAGGAAGGAGAUAAUGAUAGGGAAUGAGAGAGAGGUUCAAAGGAAGAGGACGAUCAGGAGUGCCACCCGUAGGGAACACAGGAGGUCAACUCGGGUCUCACUCGUCAGGAGAUCUGUACUCGCUGGAAAUUUAUAUUAGGGAUAUCGAUACGCAUUUCAAAUAAGAAUAGUAGGCAUGACCAGGAUGGGAGAUUGAUAAAACUA